AUGGCCAAUCUGACAGAUGGUGAUCAAAGUUUUUGCAGUGUGACAACGGUACAGCAACAGCAACAGCAUCAAACAUCCGGUGGUGGCGGAGGUGGCAGUUUGUCGCAUACCAGCGCCGCCAACGUGGGCGGUGGUGAGGAACUGGACAGUGAAGUGGGUGGUGGUAGCGUCGCCAUUGGAGCAAGCGGAUUAAUGGCGGCAACGGCAAGCCCGAUGAGCCCGAUCACGGAGUCAAACCCGACGCCGGGGGCAGCUACCACGACGUCAACGCCGACCAUGGCAAUGACGACGGCGGCGGCGGCAGCGGCGACACCGUCGACUGUUGGAACGUGGACGGAGUUUUGCGAACGUCACGCACGGGCCGCAUCGGCGGACUUUGCCCGGGCGUGCGUGAAUUACGUCACCAACAGCCUGCCGGAGGUGGCGCGCCAUACAAUCUCUCACCGGGACUUUAUGCGCCGCUUCGUCCAGUGCUUCGAGGAGCACUUCGAGCACGACUUUCAUCGACGGCGAACACAAACCAAGACUGGAAACGGCUCUGCCACGGUGCCGGAGGAGAGUGACUACUCCGAGGAAACCGAUUCGCCAAAAACCAACCACAAACCAUUCUUCCGUCGUCUGUCCUUCAAGGGUCUCCGGAAGGGGAAGGUCAUUCAUGCAUUUUUUCACAAACAACACUCAGACGAGGUGGAGCUGUCGGAUCGGCGCGCCAGCAAAACGAAGCUGGCGAAGAUUGUGGUCGAGUGCCGAAAGGAGGGCACAGUCAACUACCUGUCGCCGGAGAACCUCGACCAACCGUCCGGCUCGCAGAAAUGGGAAAAGUGCAAACUGGUGCUAGUGAAAACGGUCGGUGGCUAUAUGCUCGAGUUCUACUCGCCCCCCAAGUCUCAAAAGCCUCGGAGUGGCGUGUUUUGCUUUCUCAUCACGGAAGCGCGCGAAACGACGGCGCUCGAGAUGCCGGAUCACGAAAACACGUUCGUGCUGAAAGCGGACAACAAUAUGGAGUACGUCAUCGAGGCGCGGGACACGGACGACAUGCGCAGCUGGCUGGCCACGAUACGCUACUGUAUGCGUAGUACGCCUACCACCUCCCAGUUACCACCCGGUGCUGGCCAGCCGGACCUGAACACGAGCCUGACGUCGAGUACCUCCAUCUCCCACGGUGUCAUUGGUGGCACCUCGUUGACACCUGGUGGCGGUGGACUGGUGGCGGAUGUGAACAACCUGAGCCUCAACCAAUCGACGGUGUCUACAGCGAACGCGGGUGGAACGCCGAAUUCGGCUGCCAACAGUGCAACGACGGGAAGCUCUGUCGCGGGAAAUGUGUCCACACCGCAAGGAGGAGCUGGUGUUGGUGGUGGUGGCGUCGGUGUGCUGAACGCUCCGGAGCUGCCGCCUCGGCGGCCCGACGAUCGGAUAUCGUCGUCCAGCAACUUUGAGCUGACGGAGACCGAUCUCGAGCAGGCGCACGAAACCGACACCGAUCUGACCGCGAUGAUGCGCGAGUACCCGUGGUUCCAUGGGAAGCUGCCCCGCUUCGAUGCCGCCCAGCUGGUGCUGCGCGACGGUACCUCUAGUCACGGCGUGUUCCUGGUGCGCCAGAGCGAAACGCGCAAAGGCGAGUUCGUGCUGACGUUCAACUUUCAGGGCAAGGCGAAACACCUGCGCAUGACGCUCAACGAUCUGGGCCAGUGCCGGGUGCAGCACCUUUGGUUUCCCUCGAUCACCGAGAUGCUCGAGCACUUCCGGCAGCACCCGAUACCGCUGGAGUCGGGCGGUACGGCGGACGUGACGCUCACGGGCUACGUGCUGAUACCGCAGCAACCACACCAGCUGCACCAACAACAGCAACAUCAGCAGCAGCAACAACAGCAGCAGCAACAACAGCAGCAACAGCAGCAGCAGCAACAGCAAUUACAGCAUCACACCCACGGCCAGGUGGUGGCUAACAGCAACAACUAUUCCACCACGCUCGUUGGCAGCGGCGCCAACAAUGCCGGCGGAACUGGUACGACCGGUACGGCGGGCGGUGCCGGUUUGCCCGCCAGUUCUAGCGGCACAGGCGGAACCGGUGGGGUUGGCAGUGCGGCCCAAACCAGCCCAAGACAUCCCACGCAGGCGAUCACGCUGAACGGAAGCGUACGGAUCAAGACGUGCGAUCUGGAGCUAUCGCAACAACCGAUCCCCAUGCAUGAUCCGAUGAGCGUCCACCAUCUACACCACCAACAGCAGCAUCAGUCCCAACUCUACCACCACCUGCACCAUCAGCAACAGUCCCAGCAGCUGCAGCAACCCAGCACGAGCGGCGGUCAGGGUGCUGGAGUGGCCGGCCAGCCAACGGGCGAGGACGGUCAGCGGGCGGUGGAUAAUCAGUACAGUUACGUUUGA